AUGGGUGAAGCUGUCUUUACGGAUAAGGACAACCAAAAGGUGGACACGUACAAUUCUACAACAACAUGCAUCAUCACACGUGUUGCAUUCAAAAUCUACAGUUCUCUACGUGGCUACAUUUCAACUUCUUACAUAUCCCCCAUCUCCCCAAUUUUAAUUCCAUUACUGGUAAUAGAGACAGAAAUUGGUUCUACAGAAAUUAGUUAUAGAGGGAAAAUGAUGAAUGUUUUGGCUUUAAGUCUUGUAAUGACUACACUUGUAACAGCAGUUGUGUUUUCUCCAAGCCCACAAAAGCACAAUCCAAGAGAAGAUGAUGUUAUAUUGAAAGAAGGGCAUAGAGUUGUGGUGGUUGAGUAUGAAAAAAAUGAUAAAAAUACCAAAGUUUCAAUUUCUCCUCAAGAAAUUGAUGAAAAACCUACAAAUUUGAAGGAUAAUUUGUCUGAAAAUAUGGAGGAUGCAAAGGAGGAAAAAAAUGAAGAAGGAAUUCACCAUGGAUUUAGUCCUAGAGAGCUUGUGUGCGAUGCUUAUGGCAAGUGUAAGCAUAAAAUUGUCAGCGCCAUUGGGAAAACUAAAGAUACCCUUUCCGACCAGGCAGCAGAGACGGCGCACCUUGCCAGGGACAAGGCGGCAGAGAAAGUGCAUGAGGGGGCGGACAAGGCGGCGGAGAAAGUUCACGAGGUGGAGGAGGAAGCAAAAGAGGCCAUUGGUAAUUUGAAAGAUAGGGUUACUCAUAAAUCCCGUGAAGCAAAAGAGCAUGUGAAAGAUACAGUUUAUGAAAAGGCUAGUGAAGUGAGGAGGGCGACGGAGAAGGCGAAACGGGGUGGUGCUGAAACUGCAAAGAAUCUUCAAGGUGAGAUCGAGAGGAAUGGCUCGAGAAUAAUGGAUGGCACGAAAGAAAAAAUCGCUGAUAGCGCGAAGAAGGCAGGAGAAAUUGUGGAAAGUGCCUCAGAAAAAGUGAAGGAUAGUGCACAAAGGGUUAAAGAUGAGGGGGAGAAAGGCUUGAAUCAAUUUCUACGCAGGGUGACGGGGGUUUUAGGAUUGUUGGGUUUAGCCACUGCUUAUGGAAUGUGUAUGUGGGUUACAUUUGUUUCGAGUUUUGUUUUGGCAGGGGCACUCCCUAGACAGCAAUUUGCGAUGGUGCAGAGCAAGAUUUAUCCAGUUUAUUUGAAGGCCAUGACUUAUAGUGUAGGGCUGGCACUUUUAGGACAUGUUUUAAGUCGGACUAAAAGGUCGUCUUCAGUGAGACAGGAGAUUCUCCAAGGUUUCAAUCUCGGGGCACCUUUGUUGAUGAUUUUGGUGGAAUUUUUCUACUUGGAGCCCCGAUCCAGUAAGGUGGUGUUGGAGAGAAUGAAAAAGGAGAAGGAAGAAGGAAGAGGGAAAGAGGGUUUCACCACUGAACCGAGCAGCCAAGUAAUGGAUGCUCUCACUGAUCGAGCUGCCACGUCCACUGGGAAAGAAGGGUUAGUCAUGGAACAGCUCAGCGGAGUGACUGAUCGGGCAGCCACAGGCACCCACGGUGAGAGAAGUACUGAUGCUAGUAGUAGACAGGAUGCAGCUCAAGAUAGGACAGAGAAAGCGGCAGGAAAGGCGCAGUUGUUACGAUUGACUGGAAUUUUGAAGGGGCUGAAUCAGUAUUCAUCCUUACUCAAUGUUCUUACACUAAUGUCCCUUACUUGGCACCUCGUUAACCUCGGACAGCAUCUGAAUUCAGUCUGA